UGCAGUCAGACGAGCGAUGAUGCGGUCAGGUGAGCGAUGAUGCUGUCAAGCGAGCGAUGAUGCGGUCAGGCGAGCGAUGAUGCGGUCAGGCGAGCGAUGAUGCGGUCAGGCGAGCGAUGAUGCGGUCAGGUGAGCGAUGAUGCAGUCAGGUGAGCGAUGAUGCAGUCAGACGAGCGAUGAUGCGGUCAGGUGAGCGAUGAUGCGGUCAAGCGAGCGAUGAUGCGGUCAGGCGAGCGAUGAUGCGGUCAGGCGAGCGAUGAUGCGGUCAGGCGAGCGAUGAUGCGGUCAGGCGAGCGAUGAUGCAGUGAUGCUGUCAGGCGAGCGCUGAUGCGGUCAGGUGAGCGAUGAUGCGGUCAAGCGAGCGAUGAUGCGGUCAGGUGAGCGAUGAUGCGGUCAGGUGAGCGAUGAUGCGGCCAGGUGAGCGAUGAUGCGGUCAGGUGAGCGAUGAUGCAGUGAUGCUGUCAGGCGAGCGAUGAUGCUGUCAGGCGAGCGAUGAUGCAGUGAUGCUGUCAGGCGAGCGAUGAUGCUGUCAGGCGAGCGAUGAUGCGGUCAGGCGAGCGAUGAUGCGGUCAGGCGAGCGAUGAUGCAGUGAUGCUGUCAGGCGAGCACUGAUGCGGUCAGGUGAGCGAUGAUGCGGUCAGGUGAGCGAUGAUGCGGUCAAGCGAGCGAUGAUGCGGUCAGGUGAGCGAUGAUGCGGUCAGGUGAGCGAUGAUGCGGUCAGGUGAGCGAUGAUGCAGUCAGGUGAGCGAUGAUGCGGUCAGGUGAGCGAUGAUGCAGUGAUGCUGUCAGGCGAGCGAUGAUGCUGUCAGGUGAGCGAUGAUGCGGUCAGGCGAGCUAUGAUGCAGUGAUGCUGUCAUGUGAGCGAUGAUGCGGUCAGACGAGCGAUGAUGCGGUCAGGCGAGCAAUGAUGCGGUCAGGUGAGCGAUGAUGCGGUCAGGCGAGCUAUGAUGCAGUGAUGCUGUCAUGUGAGCGAUGAUGCGGUCAGGUGAGCGAUGAUGCGGUUAGGCGAGCGAUGAUGCGGUCAGGCGAGCGAUGAUGCAGUCAGGCGAGCGAUGAUGCUGUCAGGUGAGCGAUGAUGCGGUCAGGUGAGCGAUGAUGCUGUGAUGUGAGCAGUGAUGCUGUCAUGUGAGCGAUGAUGCGGUCAGGCGAGCGAUGAUACGGUCAGGCGAGCAAUGAUGCGGUCAGGUGAGCGAUGAUGCGGUCAGGCGAGCUAUGAUGCAGUGAUGCUGUCAUGUGAGCGAUGAUGCGGUCAGGCGAGCGAUGAUGCUUUCAGGUGAGCGAUGAUGCUGUCAGGUGAGCGAUGACGAUCAGUGACAUCAUCAGACCAAACCAGGAGUCUGUCUGCAGCUGUGUGUGUGUGUGUGUGUGCCACAGCCAGGGGGCGGGACUAACCUUGACUGACAGCUUGGUUGCCAUGGUGACCUUCAGCCGAUCAGGUUUCUAUAGAGAGUUGGACCUUUCCUCCAUUCUGCUUUCCUCUCUGUUUCCUCCCGCUCUCCCCUAUUCAUCUCUUCUUUAUUCUCAUUUCCUUUUCUCCCCCUCCCCCCCUCUCAACCCCUCUCUCUCCCCCUCAACCCCUCUCUCUCCCCCUCUCUCACCCCCCUGUCUUCCCCCUCUCUCUCCCCCUCUCCUCUCUCCCUGUUCUUUCUCUCUCUGUUGGUUUCAGUCUUUGCAUUAUAAUUUCUCUCUUUCAGUGCUGCGAGGACGCUGAGGUAGGCUCCAACUCUCUUCCUGUUUCACACACACAUACACACACAAGCACAUACACGUGCACACACACACUCGUGUGCCCACAAACACACACGUGCACACACACGCACACACACACUGUGACAUCAGCAGUAUCACCAUGUUCACACUGAGAGGUUGAAACCAAAUGAUGUUGAAGUUCUUUAAAAGAUGAUGAUGUGCGUUUUGGUGUUUCUGGUGUUUCUUCUGCUCGUGACGGUGACGCGGACGAGGAACACGGGGCGGGAGAGAAAGGUGUUGUGAUUGCAUACCGUGCACCGCAACCACCACAACGCCCGGAAUAAAUCCAUCUCUUUCUGCUCCAGAGGAACCAGGCUGAACUCCUGGAGACACCGGGACGCUUUCCUAAAAGUUAAACAGCCGACUUCCUGUAAUGGAUCGUUAUAAAUAUCAGUCUCUGAAUGACGCUACUCGUUUAUCAUCUGGAACUGGUGAUGACCAGAAGGUUCUGCUGCCUGAACUCACCUGCUGAACAGACACAGUGACCUCUGACCCCUGACGGAGCCAUGAGCCACCAGCGCUCUCUGGGUCACAGUGAUGCCCUCGGUCUGUCUGCACCGCUGUCUCCUCCUCCUCCAUGUUGUCAGAGUGAUGAAGAAGAGGAGGACCUGAACAAGGUCUUUGAUGUUCAGGGAUUCCAGCAAAUCCUUUGUCCUGCAGCUCGCAGCCCGCCAGAGAAACACAGAGUCUACGUUGAACAAGACUUUGAGGAUCACCGCCACUUUUCUCUCCACGUCCAUCAUCCUCUGUCCAAACCGCCCACUGACAGCAGGAGGAAGAGGACCAGCGAGGGGAGGAAGGAGGCUAGGCGAGGCUCCGCCCCUAACACUGCAGCCACCAUAGAAGAAGACCAGGAGGAAGAGGAGGGCGAGGAAGAGUGCUGCAGUCAGAACGAUGGAGAGGAAGGUCGAACGACCACACCUACCAGUGACCCACCCGCCAUCUCGACCAAUCAGAACGGCGUCUCGCCUGGUCGCAUCGUGAUGAGUGCAGACGACGCUGACGAGGCUGAAACGCUGAUGUCUGUCGACCUGGACGGCAUCAAGAGUCACCGAUUGGACGACGUUCCGGCCGUGCGGCGUCACCUGGUGAAGCGGAGCUCCAGAGGGCCGAUCGUCCACGUCACCAAAGAUCAGACCGGCAGCCGAACAGCGUCACACUUCCAACACCUUCGCCCCGACCGAACGCCUCACGAGGUGUUCGUGGAGCUGAACGAGCUGGUGAUCGACAGAAACCAGGAGCUGCAGUGGAGGGAGACGGCUCGAUGGAUCAAGUUUGAGGAGGAGGUGGAGGAGGAGACGGAGCGCUGGGGGAGACCUCACGUCCCCUCCCUGUCCUUCCGCUCCCUGCUGGAGCUCCGAAAAACCAUCUCCCACGGGGCGGUUCUGCUGGACCUGAGACAGAGGACUCUGCCGGGGAUCGCUCAGCAGGUGGUGGAGCAGAUGGUGAUCUCAGAUCAGAUCAGAGCUGAAGACCGAGCCAACGUCCUCAAAGCCCUGCUGCUCAGACACAGCCACCCCAGUGAUGAGAAAGAUCACAGCAUGUUCAGCAAGAACAUCUCUGCAGCCAACAUGGCCGCCCUGAUGGACAGACACAACGGCCAAUCGGAGCCCUCCAUCAAUCCGACCAAUCACAGAGAGGCUGACGGAGAGAAGAACAAGAAAGAAGCCCCGCCCCUCUGCCACUCCAGAUCCAAACAUGAAACGAAGCUGAUGGAGAAGAUCCCGGAGAGAGCCGAGGCCACCGUCGUCCUCGUGGGCAGUGUGGGCUUCCUGGACCAGCCCUGCAUGGCGUUUGUGCGGCUGCAGGAGGCGGUCCUGCUGGAGUCUGUCCUGGAGGUUCCUGUCCCUGUGAGGUUCCUCUUCCUCCUGCUGGGCCCGCCCACUGCCAACAUUGACUACCACCAGAUCGGGCGCUCCAUCUCCACGCUCAUGUCAGACAAGCACUUCCACGAGGCGGCGUACCAGGCUGAUGACCGCCAGGACUUGCUGACAGCCAUCAACCGUUUUUUGGACUGUAGCGUCGUCCUCCCUCCAUCGGAAGUCGGCGGCGAUGAGCUGCUCCACUCGGUCGCUCGCUUCCAACGAGAGAUGCUCCGAAAGAGGGAGGAGGAGCAAAGCGGCAAACUGCAGGAGAAACAGACCAGCGUUCCACAGGAUGAAGAUGCCCUCGUUCCCUCCAAACCUGGCGAUGAGCCCCUGAGACGUUCGGGCCAUCUUUUCGGAGGUCUGAUCAAAGAUGUGACGCGACGCUACCCUCAAUACCUCAGCGACCUCCGAGAUGCUCUGAACCCUCAGUGCAUGGCCGCCGUCAUCUUCAUCUACUUUGCUGCGUUGUCGCCUGCCAUCACCUUUGGUGGACUUCUGGGUGAGAAAACCGAGGGUCUGAUUGGUGUGUCGGAGCUGAUAGUUGCCACCGCGAUGCAGGGCAUAGUGUUCAGCGUUCUAGGUGCUCAGCCUCUGCUGGUGAUCGGCUUCUCUGGACCGCUGCUGGUGUUUGAAGAGGCCUUCUACACUUUUUGUAAAGACAAUGGGAUCGAGUAUCUGACGGGCCGGGUGUGGAUCGGGUUCUGGCUGGUGCUCAUCGUUCUCCUCACGGUGGCCUUCGAGGGAAGCAUCCUGGUUCGCUUCGUCUCCCGUUUCACUCAGGAGAUCUUCUCCUUCCUCAUAUCCCUCAUUUUCAUCUACGAGACCUUCGCCAAACUGGUCAAGAUCUUUCAGGAGCAUCCUCUCCAAAACUGUUACCGUGGAAACAACACAGUCUCUCCAUCUCUGUGCAACUACACCGCAGCCGCCGAGGAUCCUGGGAAGGUUGUCGGAGAACCAAACACGGCCCUACUGUCGUUCGUGCUCAUGGCGGGAACAUAUUUCAUCGCUUUCUACCUGCGGAAGUUCAAGAACAGCUCCUUCUUUCCCGGCAGGCUUCGCAGGAUCAUUGGAGACUUUGGGGUUCCCAUCGCAAUCCUCAUCAUGGUGCUGGUGGACUACAGCGUGGAGGACACCUACACCCAGAAACUGAACGUGCCCAGCGGAUUCUCAGUGUCCAGCCCGGAAAAGCGUGGUUGGCUGAUUUCUCCUCUGGGGUCAGACGGGCAGUUUCCUGUUUGGAUGAUGGCCGCCAGCAUCCUGCCAGCCAUCCUCGUCUUCAUCCUCAUCUUCAUGGAGUCCCAGAUAACAGCGCUGAUUGUCAGUAAGAAGGAGAGGAUGCUGGUGAAGGGAACCGGUUUUCACCUGGACCUCCUCAUCAUCGUGAUGGUGGGUGGCGUCUCGGCGCUGUUUGGUUUGCCCUGGUUAUCAGCUGCCACGGUUCGCUCCGUAACCCACACCAACGCCCUCACUGUCAUGAGCAAAGCGGUGGCCCCUGGAGACAAGCCCCGCAUCCAGGAGGUCAAGGAACAGCGGGUGACGGGCUUCCUGGUGGCGGUUUUAGUGGGUCUGUCCAUCGUGAUCGGGGAGGUUCUGCGUCAGAUCCCUCUGGCGGUGCUGUUUGGGAUCUUCCUCUACAUGGGAGUGAUGUCUCUGAACGGGAUCCAGCUCACUGAGAGACUCAUCCUGCUGCUGAUGCCCCCAAAGUACCACCCCGACCACAACUACGUCCGCAAGGUGAGGACGUUAAGGAUGCACCUGUUCACUCUCGUCCAGCUGACCUGUCUGUCUCUCCUGUGGGUGGUCAUGGCGACGGCAGCAGCUCUGGCGUUCCCCUUCAUGCUGCUUCUGACCAUCCCGGUGAGGAUGCUGCUGCUGCCCCGCCUCUUCACCUGGAGGGAGCUGCAGAGUGUGAGUCACACCUCGUUCACUAUGAAGUGGUCACCAUUAGCGCGGCGUGCAGGACAGGGCGCUGCUAACACGGCUCACAGCUGAUGUAAAGAACAUGUAGUGACAGCAGGAGGUGUCAAAGUCAGCGAUGUGAUGCUAUGCUAGUAGCGUUUAACCUAAAAACACAGCAGAUAAUCUCACUGACGGUUUUUCCAGGUUUGCAAAUCGAGCUUGUCCUAAAAAAGUUAUCGAACCGUGAGCCAAUGGUGGACGAGCACUGUGUGUUGCAGAACUGUUUACUGACCUCUGACCUCUGGUCCUGCAGCUGGAUGCGGAUGAUGCAGAGCCUCACCUGGAGGAGAAGGAGGGGCAGGACGAGUACUCACAUCUGCAGAUGCCCGUGUGACCCGGCAGCAGCCUCCCGAUUGGUCGAUCCACCUCCUUCAUUAGCAUAUCUGACAUGUAUCCUGUAGCGGCGCUGCACUGUACACGCUUCAUGUUUUCAUAAGUCUGAUUUGGGUUUUUCUGUUCUGGGGAGCGGGUUUGUUUCUGUUUGACUCUGCUGAAGCUGCUGAACACCUGGAUGGAAACCUGAACUCUGGUUCCUUUCCGGUGGUUCUGUCCGUCUGUACGACACGUCACGUGUUACAGAUCACACUAACUGAAACAUGUCUGUUUCUCUGCCUGUCAUUAAAUGCAAAUUUUAUCUUUAA